CGUUGAGAAAACCACUUCAACAGCUGAAAGCUGGCUGAGCGCAGCUGGACCGCGCUAUUGGAUGCUUAACCAUGAGUGACCCGUUUAACAGCAGCAGCAGCAGGGUGUUUAACCGAACCCCUCAGGGUCAUGUCACAUUUGUAAAUCUGGAGGACAUAGACGUGACCGCGGACAGGAGCCCGGUCCUACGAAUCCUGAUCUCAGUGGUGUACAUUCUCGUGUGCGCAAUAGGCUUAGUUGGGAAUUCGCUCGUCCUUUUCAUCAUGAGAGUGAAACACUGCAGACAGAGGACCACCAUUAAUGUGUUCAUCAUUAAUUUAGCCGUCACAGACCUCCAGUUCGUCCUGACGUUGCCGUUUUGGGCGGUGGAUACCGCUCUGGAUUUCAGCUGGCCGUUUGGAGACGCCAUGUGCAAGAUCAUACUGUCGGUCACUGUGAUGAAUAUGUACGCCAGCGUCUUCUUUCUCACUGCUAUGAGCAUCACUCGAUACUGCUCCGUGGCUUCAGCCACCAAGAACAGGGUUCGUCCCCAAACAUCAUUCUCUGACAAAUCGGUUUGCGCAUUUUUGUGGGUGUUUGCAACCGUCGCCACCGCGCCAACGUCAGUUUUCUCCACUGUGACCGACGUGGCUGGAGAGAAGCUCUGCUUGCUGAAGUUUCCCGCCGGACAUUAUUGGCUUGCCUUUUAUCAUUUGCAAAAAAUCAUGGUUGCUUUUGUUUUGCCCAUGUUGAUCCUUUCCGUGUCCUAUUUGCUGCUUCUGAGAUUUGUGAGAAAGCGAAAUCUGAAUAGCAGUCAUUCAAAGCGCAGGAUUCAUGUCACCAAAUCUAUCACAAUUGUGGUUCUUUCCUUCUUUCUUUGCUGGAUGCCGAACCACGCAAUUACAUUUUGGGGUGUUUUGGUAAAGUUGAACGUGAUUCACUGGGAUGAGGCGUAUUAUAUUGUCCAUACUUAUGUAUUCCCCGUGACUGUUUGUUUAGCUCAUACUAAUAGUUGCUUAAAUCCGUUUAUAUAUUGUCUUACGAGAAGGGCUUUGAGAAAGAAACUGAAAAACUGUUUGUCAAAUAUUGCACCUUGGUUAUUAAAGAGGUCUUUUCAGAAAUCUGCAAGGCAUGCAUGAACCAGUGCAACGAAAUUAAAAUGAGAAAAUAAUAAUGUAUAUGCAAAAUAUGUAUAUAUUAUAUAUGUAUAUAAAAUAUGUAUAUAUGUUUUUCUUUUUUUGUCACAAUUUAUUAUAAAAUGAUGUAUUAUUGUUAUUAUAGCUACGAACAAUACAUUAGCCUACAUUUAGUUGCAUCAAUAAUUAUUUAGAGUGAUUAAAUUUAUUGAAUAAUAUUAAAGAACAAAUGAACGAUUAAGCUGGAAAUUGAUAUAUGGGUCAUUAUAGGUAUUUCUGUAAUUUGUAAAAAUGAAACAAAUGUAUGCAUGUUUGAAAAUAACUAUUAAAACAACAACACGCUGUCUUCUCAAAAAUAUUGUAAAAC